UCUAUGGAGCCGCCUCCGGUUGCAUCAGCUUCGGUGCCGGGAGGCGCCUGCGCGGGGUCCUUCCCUUCCCUUCCCGCUCCUCCCUCUCUCUCUCGGUGCCGGCUUGGCUCGGCGGGUGGCAAUGGCGGGGGCUGACGGCCAGGUGAAUGCUGGGGGUGAAAAAAAGGCAGACUGCGGGAAGAAGAAAACGAAGGAAGGGGCCGGCGAUGAAGGGCGCACGGAGCUAAAUCCCUGGCCUGCAUUUAUCAAUGAGCGUUUAGAGAUGUACAAUAAACUUAAAGCUGAACAUGAUGCACUCCUUGCGGAAAGAGCUGCUAAUGACAGUAAACCCAUUAAAGUUACAUUACCUGAUGGCAAGCAGGUUGAUGCUGAGUCCUGGAAGACAACUCCUUAUCAAAUUGCAUGUGGAAUUAGUCAAGGCUUAGCUGACAACACUGUUAUUGCUAAAGUGAACAAGAUGGUUUGGGAUCUAGACCGUCCUUUGGAGGAGGACUGUACCCUGGAGCUGCUCAAGUUUGAAGAUGAAGAGGCUCAAGCGGUAUACUGGCACUCAAGUGCUCACAUAAUGGGUGAAGCUAUGGAGCGAAUCUACGGUGGAUGUUUGUGCUAUGGUCCACCAAUAGAAAAUGGAUUUUAUUACGACAUGUUCCUUGAGGAAGGGGGUGUAUCAAGUAAUGAUUUCUCUGCUUUGGAAACGUUAUGCAAAAAGAUCAUGAAGGAAAAACAAGCCUUUGAAAGACUGGAAGUUAAGAAGGAAACACUACUUGAAAUGUUCAAGUAUAACAAAUUUAAGUGUCGCAUCCUGAAUGAGAAGGUCAAUACUCCAACUACAACAGUAUACAGGUGUGGCCCCUUGAUAGAUCUAUGCAGAGGGCCUCAUGUCAGACAUACUGGCAAGAUAAAGACCAUAAAAAUUCAUAAGAAUUCCUCUACCUAUUGGGAAGGCAAGGCUGAUAUGGAAUCACUCCAGCGCAUCUAUGGAAUUUCAUUCCCAGAUGCAAAAAUGCUGAAGGAGUGGGAGAAGUUCCAGGAGGAGGCUAAAAGCAGAGAUCACAGAAAAAUUGGGCGGGACCAAGAACUGUUUUUCUUUCAUGAACUCAGCCCUGGUAGUUGUUUUUUCCUGCCAAAAGGAGCUUACAUAUAUAACACAUUAAUUGAAUUCAUCCGGAGUGAGUAUCGAAAACGUGGAUUCCAGGAGGUUGUCACUCCAAAUAUUUUCAACAGCAAACUAUGGACGACUUCAGGGCACUGGCAGCAUUACAGCGACAACAUGUUUUCCUUUGAAGUAGAGAAAGAAAUCUUUGCUCUGAAGCCUAUGAACUGUCCAGGACACUGCCUUAUGUUUGAUCAUCGUCCAAGAUCAUGGCGUGAGCUGCCAUUACGGUUGGCAGAUUUUGGUGUUCUGCAUCGCAACGAACUGUCAGGAGCUCUCACAGGACUCACUCGAGUACGUCGGUUCCAGCAGGACGAUGCUCACAUAUUCUGUGCUAUGGAGCAGAUUGAAGAGGAGAUAAAGAGCUGUCUGCAGUUCUUGCGUUCUGUGUAUGAUGUCUUUGGAUUUUCCUUUAAACUGAAUCUCUCCACUCGUCCUGAAAAGUACCUGGGAGAUAUCGAAGUGUGGAAUGAAGCUGAAAAGCAACUGGAAAACAGCCUGAAUGACUUCGGUGAGAAGUGGGAGUUGAACCCUGGUGAUGGAGCUUUCUAUGGACCUAAGAUUGACAUUCAGAUUAAAGAUGCCAUCGGCCGCUACCACCAAUGUGCUACAAUCCAGCUAGACUUCCAGCUGCCAGUCAGAUUUAACCUUACCUUUGUCAGCCAUGAUGGUAAUGACAAGACAAGACCAGUUAUCAUUCACCGGGCUAUCCUGGGAUCUGUGGAGAGAAUGAUCGCCAUUCUAACUGAAAACUAUGGAGGCAAAUGGCCACUCUGGCUGUCCCCACAGCAGGUAAUGGUGGUACCAGUAGGACCAACGUGUGAUGAAUAUGCUCAAAAGGUCAGACAGCAAUUCCAUGAUGCUGGGUUAAUGGCAGAUAUCGAUGUAGAUCCUGGAUGCACACUGAACAAGAAGAUCAGAAAUGCUCAGCUUGCACAGUAUAACUUCAUUCUGGUUGUUGGUGAGAAGGAAAAGGCCAGCGGAACAGUUAACAUCCGUACCAGAGAUAACAAGGUGCAUGGUGAGCGUACAAUUGCGGACACGGUGCAGAGACUGCUGGAACUGAAAUGUUCUCGAUCCAAACAAGCUGAAGAGGAAUUUUAACACCACCUGCUCUACCUGGCAUAAAAUGAUUCUGGUGUUCCUAACUUGGUUAACCACAGAUUGUUUGUACUGUAUUGGAUUGGCAGAGAUCUUUAGUUAGACAUGUCUCUUUUUGUAAAAAUCAGUUUCUCACAGACCUUGAACUAAGAUUUCCUGGCCUCUGAUCAAUGGUAGAUGAAGCAAGAUGACUUUGUGUGACUGCAAGAGAAAAUGGAAAUGUUAAUUGGGGAUAUCUAUAGCACUCUUAACUAUCAUAUUAAAAUAAAAUACAUUUUGGUAACAA